CCAACCCACCAAGCACUAUACAUAGCCAUUUGCCACGAAAAGAUGAAGGCGGCAAACGCGGAGAUUUCCCUAAACCGGACCGUAUCGACGGAGGAGCUGACACUCGAUCAAUACCUGACACAAUCCAACAAUUCAUCGCCACAGUGCGAGACACGGGGGGAAUCGAGUGUCCCGCUGGACGUGGUCGCCUUCCGCAUGGCCCUGGCCUCCUACGCCAGCCCGGAGAAGCAACAGGCGCAGGCGCACGGCAUGGUUUCCGUCCCGUACAACACGUACCGAUCGUACACGCCGACCGUCCUGUCGAUGGCCCAGAGCGUCGACGAGAGCUGGAUCAGCAGCGAACACUCGGUGCGGAGAUCGGCCGUCAAGGCGAGGCAGAAACGCAGCGAGCAGCGCGUCAAGUCGCUGAUCGGAAGGGUCGGCCACCGGUCGGACUCGCCAUCCGGGAAGGCCGGUCCCGGCUUUCCUUCUUCCCCCGGGGCAGCGAUAGCUGCAACGCCCAUCGCGGGAGCGAGUGCCACCGCCACGGCAAACGCGACGUCCAGGGUGAUGGAGGCCGUCGCGAGGAACAUCAACCACCUAGCGGCUUCCGUCAAGCCCAGGGACGGAGAGAAGAUAGUCCCUCUCUCGAACCACAGGGGGGCCUGCAUCUUCGACGUGGAACGCCUCGAAACCCACCUGAGGAAGCACGGGAUGAUCCUGCUGCAGACCGCGCACAAAGAACACAACCUCGAGGGCUCCGUUCUCGAGGACGUUGCCAGGAAGCUCGGCCGGUCCGUCUCCGUGGCGGGAGACGCCUCCCGGGCGGCGGCUGCCUUUGUCGGAUCCCUGGAAGCCGAGUUCGGCCUGGCCGGGGAGAAGAGGAACGCCUUUGCCCAGUUCGGCAGGGAGGUCCAGGUCGCCUCGGUCCUGCUGCCCAACCCCUGCACGGGACACGACGAGCUCCGGGCGCUGCUGACGCCGGGCUUCCGGGCCGCCAUCGACGCGGUGGCCACCGAGGAGGAGGCCAGUGAAUUCCUGGAGCGCAUCGGGCCCUUCUACGUCCAGGCGGCCUUCUUCGGGGCCCUGUACGUCACCAGCGCGUCUGCCUACUCCUACAAGGCGAGGGCUGCUCGAAAAAUUAGGGCGGCCAUGAAGUCCCGCUACGAGCGCCUCGCCGGAAGGGGAGGGGCCGGCGGCGGCGAGCUCCGCACCGGAGACGAAGACAGCGGCGAUUCCUCGGCGAGGGCCAGCGCGCUGCUCCGGUCCUGGACGGAGGAGGGGUCCGGUGCCGAGGUGGGCGUCAAGGCCUGCGGCGGAGACCCGGCCAAGCUCGCGUCGCGCGGGGGGAGGUGCGAGUGGUCCGAGUCGGCCAAGGAAGAUCCCUCAAUCGUCCGGUGCGAUCUCGUGCCGAUCUACGAGCUCGCCGUUGCGCCCGCGCCUGCUCCUGCUGCUUCCACCGAUUGCGGAGCGAACCACUCCCGGAGGCUGCUCAAGGCCGCCUUUGACAAGUACGCCGAACGGCAGGAAAAGCUGCUGAGCGAGUGGUCCGACGCCUGGAAACCGGAGCGCGUCGACAUCCGCGGCGAGUGCGAAACCCUCCAGAAGCUGGGGGACGAGCUCCGGGAACGACGCGCCCGGGCCAAGAAAUGGGUCGACGGCGUCUUCUCGAGGCCGCUCCGCCACCUGACCCGCAGCAAGCGGGACACCAACUGGCUCUCGUCACUGGACCGCUGCCUGGAGGGCUGGGACGAGCACGGCACCGGCGACGUUGUGCCCGGAAUCUCCGAGAUCGAGGCCUACGCCGAGAACUACCACCACCGGGAACCCAGCCACAGCGGCGCCGUCCUCAUCGGACUGCUGGACACGGCGGGAAACAGCUCCCGGAGGCACCGCAACGAGUCCUCGGGCCCGUUCGGCAGGGACACCGAAAAGUCGAACGAGGUAUACCAGCUCGUCUACGAGAAGUGCCAGAGCGUGAAACAAUCGAUCCAGCGAAAGGUGCACGGCAGCAACAACAACAAAAACCGAGGAGGACUUGCCACGGAAGAGAACGGAUUGGACCCUUUCUCUUUCGACGUCAGCAAAGAAACAAAAGCAAAACCAGCAACAGUAGCAGGAAAGGAUGCAACGGCGGAAGCCAGGGAUCUCGAUGUGUUCCAGCGCAGAAGGGAACCCCGAUGCUUUUCGGGAUUGAUCGGUGAACUACGCAACUGGGUCAAGUCCAUCGAGGAAGCACAAACGGAGGACAAAGACUUCGAAAGAACAGAAUCCUCCGGCAACGACAGCGAUUCCAAUCCGAUCAAACAUGCCAAGGAAGACGGAAAGGAUUCGGAAAUAGGAGAGGGCAAAGAGACCGCCAGUCUUUCCGAGGCUGUCGAGGAAGGAACGAGCGACAAGAAGGAUACCGCGACAGCAGAAAGCAAAACAGCCGAGAGCGAUUCGAGAGCUUGCGACGAAGCAAAAAGUGACGACGGCAAUUUCGACAGAGGCUGCAGGGAGGGCGGUGCCAAAAUUAUCGAGGAAACAAUAGUGAAUGACCGGGUUCCGUCCGAUGAAUGAGCUAAGCCAUUUUUUUCCAUAGAAGCAAUUGGUGUCGGCUUUGUCGCCUCCGCGGAGUGUAUCCGCCGAGCGCAAAACGCACUACUUCGGACUCGCUAGGAAUCGCAUUGCGAACGGCGCCGCCCCAUUUCAUACACGCAUUUCUAUGAUGCGUUUUGAUUUUUAAUAACAAUAACAGUGUGUU